AUGGUUGGCUGGCCCAGCCCCAGCUGUUACUGCCUCCUCUUUUUCUUCCUCUUGGGGAAUGCAGGGGCUCAGGGGUCUCAGAAGGCUGCCCCGGAACAAAUACAUUUGUCCUACCCAGGUGAACCUGGCUGCAUGACGGUGACCUGGACCACUUGGGUACCAGCUGCCUCUGAGGUCCAGUUUGGGCUGCAGAUAGGGGGGGUUCUGCCCCUGCGGGCCCACGGUACCUCAAGUCCCUUCGUGGAUGGUGGCAUCCUGAGGCGGAAGCUGUACAUGCACCGAGUUACCCUUCGGGGAUUGCUGCCUGGUGUUCACUAUGUGUACCGCUGUGGCAGUGCCCAAGGCUGGAGCCGGAGGUUUCGCUUUCGGGCUCUCCAGUCCGGGCCCAACUGGAGCCCCCGCCUGGCUGUCUUUGGGGACAUGGGGGCUGACAACCCACAGUCUCUGCCCCGACUCCGAAGGGAGACCCAGCAGGGGAUGUACGAUGUGGUGCUGCACGUGGGAGACUUCGCCUAUAACAUGGACCAGGACAACGCAAGGGUGGGGGACACAUUUAUGAGGCUGAUUGAGCCGGUGGCUGCCUCUGUCCCCUACAUGACGUGCCCUGGGAACCAUGAGGAGCGCUACAACUUCUCCAACUACAGAGCCCGUUUCAGCAUGCCGGGGGACACAGAGGGACUCUGGUACAGCUGGGACCUGGGGCCUGCCCACAUCAUCUCCUUCUCCACUGAAGUCUAUUUCUUCGUCCACUAUGGACGGCACCUGAUUCAGAAACAGUUCCGCUGGCUAGAGAGGGACCUGCAGAAAGCCAACAACAACCGGGCCUCGAGACCAUGGAUUAUCACAAUGGGGCAUCGUCCCAUGUACUGCUCCAACGCUGACCUGGAUGACUGCACACGCCAUGAGAGCAUAGUCAGAAGAGGCCUUUCCGGUGGUCGCUAUGGCUUGGAGGAUCUCUUCUACAAAUACGGGGUUGACCUGCAGUUGUGGGCCCACGAACACUCCUACGAGCGCCUCUGGCCCAUCUAUGACUACCAGGUCUAUAAUGGAAGCCGAGAAAGUCCCUACACCAACCCGCGCGGACCCGUCCACAUCAUCACCGGAUCUGCUGGCUGUGAGGAACUGCUGACCCCUUUUACCCCUUUCCCGAGGCCUUGGAGUGCCAUUAGGGUGAAAGAAUACGGCUUCACCCGCCUCCACAUUCUCAACGGUACCCACCUCCAUGUCCAGCAGGUGUCUGAUGAUCAGAAUGGGAAGAUCGUGGAUGACAUUUGGCUGGUAAGACCCAGGCAAGGCCGCAGGACCUACCUCUAGGAACCCCAAAGCCCAAAGUGUGGUCCUGGACUCCAUGAAGGGGCCGGAGUCCACUUGCCUCUGGGGUCCUGCCUGCUGGACACAGGGCCUCCUCCCCACUGCUGAGCAUACAGAGAGGGAUGAAGCGCCCACGUGGAGCCCACGUCAGGCUACGGGCCUUCGUUGCCCACCCUUCCCCAAAACCCUGCCACCAUUUCUGCUGCAUGGUCUUGGAUUUCAGGAUCCCUGAAGGAUGGGGCCUCGGGGCCUUGGCUUGUCCUGAGACUCUAAAGGACCUGGACACAGCCCUCCCCUGUCCACAGGAUGAACCUCAAACUCGGGGACCCCCAGUCUCUAGCCAUACCCAAGCAUUCUUUGCGCUCAUCUGAUUUGAGCCUCAUUGCUGCAGGCUCCCCUCCAUUCCAGCCUCCAUUUUCCUACCUCCAUGACACACCAUUGUGGC